AUGACCACCGACAAUUCAGGACUGGUCCACCAUCUUGGAUAUGCGGAUUCUUUGAACGUCGCUAUAAGCAUCUGCUUAACGUACACGCUGAUCUUCACCUGCGUUCGCGUACAUCUGCGGAGGAAUAGCUUCGGCGUGGAUGAUGUCGUCGUAAUUGUCGCCACAGUCGCUGUCAUCGCACAUUUCGCAGCUUCGUAUGCAUGCCUCACAGCUGGUCUGGGGAAACCAUACGAUGUCAUCAAGGAGAACAUCGGUCGACUGAGUUCUACUGCAAUCGCUAGCGCUGUGACCUUUGUCCUCGCUCUUUAUGCUGCGAAGAUCGCUGCUCUAGUGUUCCUCAUGCGUAUUCAGUCAAAGACUCGCAGCACUUACUUUUAUCCCAUUCUCAUCCUCGUCUAUAGCGUUUUGGCUGUUGCAAGCGCCAUGACCAUCGCAGCGGGGUGUCCUCCAGCAUCUGGCUACUACUGGGACUUUGCAGGAAACAAGGGCUCUUGUCCUAGCGAAGAGGGCAGGUGGCAGGCUAUAACAGUGCUGGACAUCAUCUCCGAAGUCAUUCUGUUGGCAUUGCCGAUCAAUCUCUUAUGGUCAUUACAGAUGCCCCAGAAGCGCAAGGUCAUGGUUGUAGUGACCUUCUGGACGCGCAUCCCCACAAUAGCUCUCUCUGUGAUCCGUCAAAUCUACACCUCAAAACUCGCCUCACCCUCAUCAGUCGAUGUAUCCCUAUCCAGCACUCUUGUAACAAUCCUGAUGGCCGUCGAACUUACAUACGCAUUGAUAUCCUGUACUCUCACGACCUCGAAAAACUUUACCGAUGGCUUCAGCACCGGCUUCGGUAUGGGACAUAUGCCCGGUGCUGCGGAGUCAUACAACCUGUCUGCUGUAGGAUCAUCCACUGGUCCUAGAACGCACGGAGCCGGGUACAAAAGUAACAUUACUACCACGAAAGCGACAAACACCGGAACGCAGCUCAGUGGGUAUAGGUUCCAUGUCAAGACACCUAGUCUUGGGGAUGAGGUGGAUGGUCCGCUGCAAUUGAGACCAUCGAUACAAGGGCUGGAAAGUAGGACUAUUGUGCAGGCUGGGGAGCAGAGAUAUUGGGGUGAGCACGAGAGUGUGAGCAGUGAUGGGGGCCAUGACGAUCUGGUCAUCGUCAGGCAUACCGAGUAUACCGUUUCGCAUGAUGAGGCACCCAUCCUUCAAGAAUCCAGUCUAGACAGAAUGUAA